AGUUGCGUUUCACCAUGACACAGUGCGCAGCGAAUAAUUGUAACGUGUAUCAUAUAAUCUUUUAUAUUUGCUUUUUCAAUUAAAAGUUCUCUUCAGUUUUUCUCGAUUAUGGCUUGGCUGUCAGAUCUUGCUGAUAAAGCGGAAAAUUUGUUAAAUAAAAUCGACAAAAAUACUGCGGCCGUUUUGAAUAAGGACAAGAUGUCACAUAGUCAUCUGUCAGAAGUUACAUGGCUUUCUCCGGAACCAGGAUUAAAUGAAGACACAUCCAAGGUACCGUUAUUGGAACCAUCAAAUCAUAUAUCCUAUAUUGGUCCUACUUCAAAUUUAACAUCAUUAAAUCUAUUAAAUGUAACAGCAUCUAAAGAUGACGCUCUAUUUACAUACUUAAAUACUCCAGAGCCAAGUCCAAAAAGAGCAACAGAGUCCUUGAAAUCACCAUCGACCACCUCUUCGUUGUUAGUGGAGCAUCCUACUGAUACGGACUCUGAGUUAUCGAUUCAUAGCAGUCGAAUUAGCCCAGCUCCAUCUCAUAUCUCUAUAGACAUUUUAGACGAUAAAGAUGCACAAGUAGAUGCUGAAGAUACAAAUUUAAGUCUGUCUAAUGAGAUAUGCACUUUAAACUGUGAACGCAUAGAUAAACGAGCAAUAAAUGUCCAUAUACAAAAUGAACAUAAUGACACAGAAGAAUGCUCAACCAUUUCCUAUUCUCUGCCCGAAUACAAAAUGAAAACUAAUGGCGUAGAAGCGAAUAACUUGGAUAGUUUAACUGACUCAGUUGAAGACAAUUCCAUGCGAAAGUAUAUGAGAGAGAUGGAGAUGAACUUAAUGAAACAAAAUGAAUUACUCGGGAAACAAGAAACAGAUCACCAGAAGGAGAUCAUAAUGUUGAAUGAAAAAUUGAAAGCUUUCGAAGCAGAAAAGUUGGGGCAGUCAAAGCAAAUAAUGGAUUUGCAAUUUAUCAUCGAUAGGAACAGGCAGGAGUUAAACUCGGUCAGAUCAGAAUUGGAACAGCAUAAGGCUAGAGCGUUGAGGACUUUGCAAGAAAAGGAGAAACUCAUAUCGGAAUUGAAGAGUGAUACAUCAACAGCUACGGAUGAAGCCACUGUUAUGGAAUUAAAUCAAUUGAAGCAGGAACGCGAUGGUAUUAGAGAGGAAAAUCAGCAGAUGUGUCACCAGUUGAAAAUGCUACGUGAAGAGCUGAUAAAUGCAGAUCUGAACUUGGAAAAAAUUAAACAGAAAUCAGCGGAGACGAAUCUACAAAAUCAAGAGAUUCUUACUAACGAAAGACGUCGGAGGUUAGACGCAGAAGAAGAUGUGAGACUCCACUCUGAGGAAAUAAGAUCUUUGAAGGAUGAAUUAAUUACUGAGCGCAACGGAUUCAGUUUACAGUUGCAGAAACAAGAUUCCGAGAUUUCUAGGCUUAGGUUGCAAUUAUCCGCAUCGGCGACACCGAGUAAUGAAAUGGACUCGAGAUUAGCGUCUCUUACAAAGACUUUGGUGCUAAAACAGCAAGCGUUAGAGUGCUUGACAACAGAGAGAAACGCGUUACGUCUUCAACUGGAAAAGCUUGAACACGAGUAUAGAAACGCUGCCGGCAAUUUACGGAGAAACAUAUCGUACAAUAAUAUGAACGAUACAGACGACGCAAAGGCGCAAGUACCCACGUUUUUAAUGGAAACACCGUUUGACACGAGCGUUACGAGAAGAGUGAAGAGAGCUUAUUCUUCAUUGGAUGCCAUAAGCGUCCGAACAGGAGUGUUUUUAAGGAGAUAUCCGCUAGCUAGAAUUUUAGUAUUGAUUUAUAUGGCAUUGCUCCAAUUUUGGGUAUUGGUAGUACUCUUAUCUCAAUCACCGGAAGCGCAUUAACAGCAAUUAAAGCACAUUACUCGAGAGAAGUAAAAAUAAAAAAUAUAUAUUUAUAGAAAUUUUCAAUUUUUGUGAAUAUCAAAGUCUUGAAUUUGAUGUAAAUUAGAUCUUGUACAGUUUUUAGUGUAGCAAUUUUAGAUCAAAGAAUAUCAUUGUUAAAUGAGAAUCUAAAUAAAAUAUAUAAUAUAA